UUUCACCCAAAGUUAUACACUGUUUGUUUACUGUUUGUCACGUAGUUGUAACAAGUAAUACAAAGUUGGUUUUGUGUGUUCCAUAGUGGUAUUUGUGAACAAGUGAGUUCUUUUGCUGAAUUCUGUGGUGAAAUAUGAUUGUGCCACCGUCAAACGCAGUUUCUGAUGAUUCAGAAGACGACGUUGAAAAUGCUGAAGUAGAUAUCUAUCGCAGGAAGUAUCAACUUCUGUUGGAAAGGUGUGAAGUAUUACAGCAAGACAAUGAAAGAUUGGUGCAUAGAAUUCAGCAUGUUAAGAGGAUGCUGCGGAGGUACAGGAGGGACAGGAAAUUUUUGAUGGAGUGCCUUGACCAGCAUGGAGAUAAUUGGCGGAAUGCAUACCUUCAACUUUCAUUAGAUGAACCAAGCUCUUCUGCAACAGUUAAAACGGAGAAGCAUCAGUCCAAAAAUAUAGAGCGGACACCUUCAACAAAGGGAACUGCAGCAAGCGAGAAGAUAAGUCGCAAAUCUGGGAAUAGUUCAACAGGAAAACGUAAAGGAACUAAACAUGCUGAUCCAAAUGCUCCAAAACGGCCAGCAAACCCUUUCUUACAGUUUUGUCAAGAACAGCGGCCAAUUGUUAUGGAACGCUUAGGACAUGAACAAAAAGGAGAAGCAGAAACAUCUCGUCAAGAACUUACAAGGCAGUUAGCUAGUCGGUGGAACACCCUUCCAGCUGAAGAUAAAAAGGUUUACUACGAUAUGUACGAGAAGUCAAAGGAGAAGUAUGCAGCCGAGAUGCAGAUGUAUGCAAAGCGUACCCAGACUCCUGUGGAAGAUGAUGUGUGAAAUGAAAUGAACUAAACUAACAAAUAUACAGCCACACGUGGAAUCAAACACACUGUUUGUUGGUAUCUGUUAUUUUGGAUGGAGGUUAGGAGUGCUUUGUCUUCUUGUGUAAAUUGAACACUGGAGUGAAAUGUGACAUUGGCUUGCAACCUCAGUUUGUCACUGUAUUUAUUUUCAUGCCAAUGUAUCUAGAGGCGGUGAAGCCAAUUAAAGAUAUGUGUAAGAAGAGCUUUCUUGGGGAAGUUGAAAUAAUGUGUCACUCCAGUAGAUACCUUUUUACUUAAGCUUGUUCCUCUUGAAUGGAUGGUGGCAGCUACAGGUUAAAGGCACAGACACCCAUUCCGGUACACUUGACCAAUGGUGGAACCUGUGUUUGUAAAGUAAAUUUACAAAAAGAAGACAUUUUACUACAUAUUUUUAGACAGCAGUAAAGGGCACGAGUUCUGUGUAGCAUGCUGCGAGAUGAAACAUGGCUGCAAGAUAGCGACCUGCUGCAGUAAUUCGAUUGUUGGUAGGUCUGGUAUAUCUAUUCCGUAUGAUAUUCUGUCACAUUACAGAGCUGCUUCCUGCUCCAUUCAUGGAUGUGACAUGGAAAGAAUAAUAAACUAAAAACUGUUUAUAUGACUGUGCAGGAAAUUCUUUUUUUUCCUACCCAUGCUGGCUGUGUGUGUGGCUGUUCCCAAGAGGUGAACAAGAUGUUACCAGUUCUGGAUCAGCAGAAGUUAGUUGGCUUUGGCCCACUUGUGUUUCGUAUCUGGUCACUGCCUAUCUCAGCGAUCUAAUACAGAAUUUUGCAUAUGUAGCCACAGGGAAGUGAAUGUUAUUCUGUGUUCCAAAUCAGUACAUCUAUUGACGAGUGAUUGAAGCCCAUCAUGGGCAGUACCAGAUACACCUUCGUCCUCAGAGAAUGACAAAGUGUACUAGAACUAUAUAAAUAAAGAUUUGUUCCAGUUGUCAUCAUGAACAGUGACAUAUAAGCAGGCUUCAGCUCUCUCAGAGUUUAUAAUUUUGCAAAGAUAAUCCUGGGAAAUCACUAGGAACUACUGGCUAAAAAGAGGUAAAUUUAAAAUUUAUGUACAGAACUUUCAUCAACACUUAUUUUUGAAGAACAAGAGCAACUUAUUGAUAUUUUUUUCAGAUUCCAAUUGAAAUCUAAGUUAAUUUCCUCAUUACUGCUAGAGUUUUGGGGCACAUUGAAGCAGGAGUAUCCACAAGUAGGUAACAAGACCCUACAGGUUUUGAUACUUGUUGCAAGAUCCUACUUACUUGAUGUAGGUUUUGUUAGCACUGGCAGUCAUCAUCACGAAAUACAGAUUGCAAAUGACUGUAGAGAAAGAGAUGCAAGUUGCAAUUUCCAAUCUUCUCUCAAGAUUUGAAGAACUGAUGACAAAGUUCAUUGAAAUGUGUUUCCAAUAAUUAAUAAAGAAAUUACUAUACUUUGAAUUAGUUGUGAUGUGCAAAAGGAGUCACUAGUAUUUAUGUUUCGCUGUGGACCCAAGACACUUAAAGACCACUGCACUGGAUUAAUAAAGCUGCAAUAAUAAACACUGAUUUUUGAAAUCCCACCAUAGCAUAGUGGUUAAGUUAUUUGGCUGGUAUGCUGAAGCCAAUGGACUCCCAUUAUUGAUACUGCUGAAUCAGACAGUAGCAACAAUGUUAAUGAAUUAUGAAUGGAUGAGAAAUAUAAUGAGACUAAUUUAAAGCGAUUUUUGUGCACUUAGAAGUCAGUAUCACAUGUUAAUAAAUGUUCAGAAUUGUAAUCAAUCUUUUUAUUGCUACACUCCAAGUUUUACUACUGGUCCUCUUUAAUUUUAAAUUGGUUAUGAGAACUGGUAUGGAAUUAGUAGCAAUAAGCACCAUCAUUCAAUAUGAAACUAACCAUUUCAAUUCCACAAGUCCUGAAAGCUUUUGUUAUAUGCUCUCUUAGUUUUUAAGUAUGUAAAUAAGCAAUAUGUAGCAGUUGACAGCUGAUAUGGUGGCCAGUAUCAGAAUGCAUUCAUCUCCUUGUGAAUACACUACAGAUGCUACUUAUAGUGGACGUAUAACCUUGUAAGAAUGCCUAAUGAAACCUGUAGAACUGGUUAGCCCUUCUGGUCUUAAGUAUUGAUCAUGAAAAAAGCUGUUGUUCUUCAGUAUGUAUGAAAAUGUGGCUAAUCAGUAUAGAAAUAUUCUGCAGCAAAAUGAUUUAAUGACACAUUUUGUACACCACUGCAAUGUGAGCCAUGGAAAUAAAUUUGAGUCACAGCAUCAAA